AUGGCUCUCGAAGGCACCCUCCGCCACCCGGACCGGUACAUCACGACCCACGACGAGACAACCGGCAAAGCCAUAGUCGACACCAGCAUCCCGGCAAAGGCGCCCUUUUACCGGCUGGGCGACGGCAAGAUCAAGACCGGGGUCGAGUUCGCGCAGUGCUUCAUCACGUCUGCCUUCCCGGCCGAGCUGGCAGGCGGUGCCGACCUGGCCUCGUACAGCAGCUUCCUCGCCUCUCCGCCGGGGCUCGUGGUCAACGGCGGCACGGUGCUGCGCUACGUCGACAUGGAGCCGGGCCACGUGAGCCCCAUGCACCGGACCCUGAGCAUGGACUACGGCAUCGUCAUCGAGGGCGAGGUCGAGCUGCUGCUCGACUCGGGGGACACGAGGCCCAUGAAGAGGGGCGACGUCUGCGUCCAGAGGGCCACCAUGCAUGCUUGGCGCAACCUGAGCAGCACCGAGUGGGCCAGGAUGUUGUUCAUCCUGCAGCCGGUCCAGCCGUUUGAGGUCGGUGGAAAGAUGGUAGAGGAGGACCUGGGGACCAUGAAGGGAGUCAAGAAGUCCGAGUAG